CCUCGCGCCGCCCGCCGUCUUCGCUCUCCCCCAAAACUCCGAUCUGUUAGCUGACCCUCUGAAACCCACACCUCCGUUCGAACUUCCCGUGCGGGCCCACCUCAACCAACUCCCUUUAUGAUCAACACACAACACAGCAACAAUGGCUCGGCAGCCAGCGGAAGCACGGCCCCACCUGCCCACAACAAGCAGCCAUCGAUGGCUCCUAAAAAGACCGCGCUUAGGGAUUUACAGAAUGAAAAUGCAGGAACAACCCAGAAGCAGCAAAAUGGCCUACUUCUCGGUAAACUGAAUGGGGCCAAUGAGAACGUGAUGAAUGCGCGCAGGAGGUUCGAGCUGGAACUCGGUCGAGGGAAGCUCCAGAACAACAUCGAGAGGUUUUCGGAGUUGAAGAAUAUUGGUAAUGCUAAUCGUGCUCCAGUUCCCAUUUCUUCUGGUAAGAAUGGUAGUGUUAGUGGGAUGGCUGCUGCUAAUGCAGUGCCUUCGGAGGUUGCACGAGCGAUUGAGCCGAAGGUGACGGGUGAACAAGCGAGGGCCGAACGUUUUGUGCGGCUCCAGAAGUUUCUGAAGCAAUGUGACGAGACUAGACAAAUAGAGUACACUCAGAGGCUUCUGCGUUUGUCCCCUUCUGAGCUUAGCAAGCAUGCCGUGGAGUUGGAGAAAAGGGCAAUCCAGCUGACUAUCGAGGAAGGUGUGGUGACUAGAAACGAGAUGCAACGGAUGAAAACACUGAACAUUUUGGCGAAAUCUUCUCCAGCAAACAAUUUGCUGCAAUCAAAUCAGUUAUUGCCACCCCAUAAGCGCUAGCCAUAAGGUUUGUGGUGAAAUUUUGUGGGGGAUAAAUUGUUCUAAUGUUGACAAAAUCCUAAAUGGAACCUUUAGUCCUCUCUGUCCUUCAUAUCAGAGGCCUUUUAGAUCUAAUAAUGUACUGUUGUUUUGAGCAGCUACAUGUGAGAAUUGUGAUAAAUUGUUAGCCUGUAGUCAUGUGCUGCAAUUCAUCAAUCAUUUAUUGUUCCUAUGGCUAUAAGCAGUUGUUAAAAUGUAGCUUCUUGUGCCUUUGUUUCUCAAAACUAGUGUAUAACCGUGCGAUGCAUAGGCUAUAUUUAUAUAUAAAUUGAACGUUAAUAGACAAUAAAAGAAUUAUCAUACAAGUUGUCAGAUUAUAAAAUGCUCAGAAUGAAAAAUUACUUUCCCC